AUGCCCGCCCCCGAGCUCCCCGAAGUCGCCAACGGCCUCGAGCGCAUGCGCGCCGCCGCCACCGCCGCCGCGGCCGCCAGCAAGGCCAACGGCGUCGCCGACGCCUUCCAGCUCAACCCCGAGUUCGCCUACGCCUCCCGCAAGAUCAAGGUCGUCACCAUCGGCGCCGGCUUCUCGGGCCUGCUCGUCGCCCACAAGUUCCAGCACCGGUUUCCCGAGAUGCGGGAUAUCGUCGAGCACACGAUAUUCGAGGCCCGCGCCGACGUCGGCGGCACCUGGCUCGCCAACAACUACCCCGGCGUGCAGUGCGACAGGUUCUACGCCAGCGGCGGCGACAUCCUCGACUACAUUAGGCACACGGUCAAGAAGUGGUCCCUCGACCGCGACCUCCAGCUCAGCACCAGGGUCGUCGGCGCCUGGUGGCAGGACGACAUUGGCCAGUGGAAGAUCACCGUCGAGAAGGACGGCCAGCAGCGCGACGAGUACUGCCACGUGCUCAUCUCCUCCCAGGGCGUCCUCGUCCACGAGAACUGGCCCGAUAUCCCCGGCCUCCGCGACUUCAAGGGCCACGUCACCCACUCCGCCGCCUGGGACCACGGCUACGACUACUCCAACAAGAGGAUCGCCGUCAUCGGCAACGGGUCCUCGGGGAUCCAAAUUGUCCCGCAAAUGGUCGACCUCCCCGGCACCGACGUGACCAACUUCAUCCGCGGGCCCUCGUGGGUCUACUACCGCGCGCCCCCGUCCAAGCACCUGGGCCGCGACGACCCGGACCCCAACCCCAAGUACACGGACGAGGAGCGCAAGCGCUUCCGCGACCCCGAGUACCACCUCCAGCACCGUAAGGGCAUCAUCUCCAAGACCAACAAGUCGUUUUACAUCUUCGUCAAGGGCCAGAACAACGACGAGGGUAUCAAGAUGGCCUCGGCCCAGAUGGCCGAGAAGCUCAACCACGACCCCGUCCUCUGCGAGAAGCUCAUCCCCAAGUGGGAGCUCGGCUGCCGCCGCAUCACCCCCGGCCCGGGCUACCUCGAGUGCUUCCUCAAGCCCAACUGCCAUCUCACGGAUAGCGGCAUCGUCCGCAUCACCGAGAACGCCGUCGUCACCGCCGACGGCAAGCACCACGAGGUCGACGUGGUCAUCUGCGCCACCGGCUUCGACGUCUCCCACAGGCCCCGCUUCCCCAUCGUCGGCCUCAACGGCGUGGACCUGCAAAAGGCCUGGGCCGAGGACCCCGAGUCCUAUGUCUCCGUCGCCGUGCCCAACAUCCCCAACUACUUCAUGAUGAUGGGACCCAACUGCCUCGGCGGCCACGGCUCCCUCGUCGAGUCCCUCAACUGGACCGGCGACUACUUUGUCAAGUGGAUCAAGAAGAUGGCCACCGAGGACAUCAAGUACGUCCAUCCCAAGCAGGACAAGGUCAACGACUUCAUCAAGUACUGCGACGAGAUCCACAAGACCCUCGUCUGGACCGGCAACUGCAAGUCCUGGUACAAGAGGAACCGCGUCGACGGCCGCGUCACCGCCCUGUUCGGCGGCUCUGCCCACCUCUUCAACCGCAUGCUCACCGACAUCCGCGGCGAGGACUUUGAGAUCAAGUACAACACCGACAACUCCUUCCGUUUCAUGGGCAACGGCUUCACCGAGUUCGAGAUGGAUCCCACUAGCGAUCUCUCGUGGUACGUCGAGAAGGCGGAGGUGUUGACGGAAUAG